ACCGGAGCCAAACAUUCCAAUAAGAAUGGAAAUCAUAAAUAUCAUCAGUACCUCAGUAAUAUCUUGUAUGAUGUAUUAUAUUCUGUUUAAGACGCAGAUAAUGCGCUAUAUGGGAUUUUGUGCAUCGCAGAUACAUUUAAAGGGUGCGUCCCAAAUCGACUUCAACCCUAGGCUGCGUUUAAAUCUGCAUAUCUUUACUAGCUAGUGCUCUUACCCACGUGCAGAAUGCUUACUGCGGUUAUUAAGGCUUCUGCGUGGAAAAGAUAAUUCUGUUAUUAAGGUGUUUAGACGGUAUUUGACACAUAUCCAGAAAACUAGUUAUAAUAUGUAUUUAUUUAAUAUAUAGGAUAUGUCAAAGAUAAAAACACGUGGUGUGAUUUUUUUUUUGUGUGCACUAGAUCAGAUGUAAUGUGGUUUAAGCCUCUUACAUCCUUUGCUAAUAUUCUUUGAUUUGUGAGGUUAUGUGUAAGCUGUUGUUUUUAAUAUUUGUUUACUGUUGUUUAUUUUUAGCAGUCCAAUAUAAAAUGAAAACCCUAUUUAUAGUGGUUGUUUAUGGAGUUGAAUCGUCAAGCCUGAGAUUAACGAUAAUGCUAGCACCACGUAUGGUUUGUCUUUGACGUGUAAAAGUGAACCGCUGUUGAAUAUCAUAAAUAUAUUUGUCUGUGUUAUUAUUUAUUUUUUUUUAUUAAAAAGUCCAACUGAAGCUUGAUCUCCUACGUCAAUGAAACUGCGAGGGGGGGGUAAAAUGGCCGACUUUAGUUAACUCUAUGCUAGCUACAAGUGUGUGGUGGGAAUUUUCCAGAAUUUUGUUAACUGUUAUUUAGACCUCCUGAGAUUUAAAAAAAAAAACCUAAACUAAAAAAACACUAAUUACGAUUAGCUUUUGAAUCAUCUAAUGGUGUAUUUCUUUCAUGCGGCAUCAAUAAAGGUUUAUAUUAGCUACCUAAUGGACAUAAAGCUACCUACUUGCUAGCCUUGCUUCUGUUGCGGUGACUUUAAACAAAAGUGCUUUUGUCUCGAAUCAAGUGUUUACAUGGUCACAGGUUAAUAUAGUUGAAUGCAAUAGCUGGUGAUGUAACAAAAAAUAUGCUAACUUUGUUUGCUUGAAUGUCAACCUGAGGUAGUACGGGCUCUUAUUUAUUUAGCCAUUCACCCGCUGCCAUUUGAAGCUGGUGUGUGUACACUCUUAAAUAAUUUAGCUGUUGUUGUUGUUUCUUUACCUGACUGGAAAAUUCUGGUCGCUUAAAGCUCAGCUUUCUCAACACUGUUUGAGGGCAGACAAGUAAUUAUGGACAGCUAGAAAAUGGUCAUUUGAAGCAAACUGUACUGAAAGUGUUGAACUAACUUCUGAUAGAAACUACUAAUUGCAUCCCCAGUGUGAAAAUUAGCAUGGUAGCUUUUCUAAGAAGUGGUAAUCUGGUGUCUUUUUACAUUUUCUACAGUUCAUGUAGCGUAACCGGAGUCCUCAAGGAUGAUGUCAGGGAAAUACCCAAGGUCCGUAUAAUACUCGUCCGUUACACAAAUGUCACAUCAUGGCUUCCGUCAGCAUUAGCAAGUGAGCCUGAAUCAAACGGCUAGCUUGCUAGUUAAAAUGGUGGAAAGACCGAUUUGUGUGGGUUGGACGAAUCCAUGAACAUUGUUAAUUGUAACAUGUCCUUCUUCACAGAGCUCCUGAAGCGCAGAAGUGUUUCGUAUGUAAUUGUCGUAUGUAAUUCCUCAUGAACUGAACGGUUUGUUGUUUGUGUGUGUGUGUGGGGCAGUUCUGCUCGAUGAAUGAGCGAUGCUAGGUCGAAGAUGGGACAUGCACUGUGUAUCUGCUCUCGCAGUUCCAUCACCAUCGACAACAAGAGAUACUACUUCAUCCAGAAACUCGACGAGGGCGGUUUUAGCUACGUCGAUCUGGUAGAAGGAGCUCAGGACGGCCGUUUCUACGCUCUGAAGCGAAUCCUUUGUCAUGACCGGGAGGGACGAAAGGAGGCACAGACGGAGGUGGAGAUGCACCGACUGUUCAACCACCCCAAUAUCCUGAGUCUGACGGGCCACGCCUUCACGGAGCGUGGAGGAAAGUGCGAGGCCUGGCUCCUCCUGCCCUACAUCAGUAAAGGAAGUCUGUGGUCCGUCCUGGAAAAGCUGAGAGGAAAAGGUAGCUCCAUGCCCGAGAGACGGAUCCUGCACGUUUUCUGUGGCAUUUGUGAAGGUCUAAAAGCCAUCCAUGACAAGGGAUAUGCACACAGGGACUUGAAGCCCACGAAUGUGCUGCUAGAGGAGAACGACAAGCCGGUGCUGAUGGACCUCGGGUCUAUGAACAAAGCCCGGAUCGAAGUGAAGGGCUCCAGAGAGGCCAUGACUGUGCAGGACUGGGCAGCUCAGAGAUGCACCAUCUCUUACAGAGCACCUGAGCUUUUUAACGUGGAGAGCCACUGUAUCAUUGAUGAAAAGACGGAUAUUUGGUCAUUAGGGUGUGUGCUGUACUGUAUGAUGAUGCUGGAAGGACCGUACGAUCUGGUGUUUCAGAAAGGAGACAGCGUCGCUCUGGCCGUCCAAAACCCGGUCGCCAUUCCACAACCGUGCAGUUACUCUGAAGGACUACAGACGCUCCUGAGCUCCAUCAUGGUGACGAACCCUCAGGAGCGGCCCAACAUCGACUGGGUGCUCGAACGGGUCAGAAACCUGCAGAGCUCAGAUGGCGGCACGAUCGAAACUGACAGAGUAUGACGAAGGGAGCAUGCUUUUUACGUUCAAUCUAGACUGUUUUUUCUUACUUUUACCUCAUUAAACGCAUUGAAAAUGCAUUCUUCAAACACACAUUCCCUCUCACACACACACAACUGCAUCAGCCUUAGCACUAAAGCUAACAACUUUUCUGCACCUGCUGGUGUGUCGUGCUGGCAGCAAGGGCGGAGUUUAAGUUAAAUUUGAUCAGCCAAUCACCACUAGCCUUUUUCAUCGUUUCUUUGACUCAAUGUACUGCUUAGCAUAAAAUAACGGUUCAGCACAUUGAGCAACGCUAGCCAUCUUAUUUCAAUUCAACUACAUGACAUUAACCUUACUUCUGCCACUACUGUUAGAGAAACUGUGUAAUUACCCAGAGUCUGAACUAAUUUGCUAGAAGCUCGUUUAAACUAGGCUAAUUAUAUAUUUUGUGGUUAAGAUUAAUAGCUAGAUAACAUUAAAUUAAUUAACUAUGGUAUACUGUAUGAUGAGUAUUACAGCAUUAUUUUUAACAUUCUCUUGAUAACAAUUAAGCAUAACUAGAGGUUGAGAAUUAUGUAGCUAGACAGUUUCGUUAACAAGCUGGCUAAUGUUACGCUUAAUAUAUUAUAAUCUAUUGCUAGCAAGCUUAUUAAAAGUAAGCUAGUUUUGAUAUUGGAUGACUACGAGCAGUAUUUUAUGCUAAACUGUACAUCGAGCGACAUUUAUGAUAAUUAAGAUAAAAUAAGUAUCUUAUUCUGAAAAUUAUAACUUCAAUAUUUUUUUUUUUUUUUUUUAAUAAUAUCUGUAGGAAAAAAAAUUAAAGUUGAAGUACAUAUGUAAACACUAGUAGUUAGUGUGUACGUGUGGAAGACGAACCUGGCUUAUGAGUGAAAAUUUGCAUUUAAUAAGGCCAGUGGUUAAAAAAAAAAAAAAAAGGCAACAAUUGUUGCAUCUCAGACUGGAAGGAAAUGACGUGUUGCGUAGGUUUGAACUCACUGAUGUUAACUGACAUCCCUGGAAGUCCCGCCCCCUUCCCGUCCCCCAUCUCUUAGCCAGUGUGUUAGUCUCAACUUGACAUUCCUUGCUUUCUGACACGGUACUGUUGGACUUCACGAACAAUAAACACGUCUUUAGUUAACUUCAGUUAGCUUUAUUUAUUAGAUAUGCACCAAAAAAUUGUGUCCUUUUUAACUCCCAUCCCCUUUCCGCAUUAUUCUGCUUCGGAGUUGUCUGGUUCGAUCCCGUGAUGCCUUCGGUACAUCGUCCCAGCCCUAGCGAGCGUCGAUCGACGGUACGGCCACAGUACAGUAUUAAUUUGUAAACUGUAACGGAAUCACUUGACUGCGAAAGGACGCAGGAAGUACUAACUUGGAAGUAGUAGCCAAUAGGAAAUAAGAAGGCGGGGCUGUGGUUACUUACUUACAGAAACAAAAGUAAGCUACGGUUACAUAUUGGCUGCGUUUUUCUUUUCUUUUUUUUACACAGAUCCUUUUAAAAGGGUGUUUUCUGAUGUUAAAAUCACAUCUGUUCUAGUUAGUAAUAAAUUAUUCCUCAGUCAGAGAAUUACCUCUGGAGACCAGGAUGACAAUUUCGUGGUACACAACUUGCUGUGUAUAACCGUAUAUCGGCAUAUGCACACUUAUAUUUGGGACCUGUGUUUUAAUUUAUGUCAUUUUAUUGUUUUGGGUUUGUUUUUUGUUUUUUUCCAGCAGUUCUCAAAGCUUGAUGUUAAUUUGAGGAAGUAAAUUUUACAAGGUUGUAUUGUAUUUUUAUUUUAUUUGUAUGUAUUUUAACAGAGACUCAUGUCUGUAAAUGUCUCUUGUUUUUAUUUCACACUGAUUAAAAAUAAGUAAUUAAAUUCAA